GGUGAGGGAGAGAGAGAGAGAGAGAGAGAGAGAGGAGAGGGAGAGGAACUUCCAAUAGAGAAAGGAGAGAGAAGAAGCACCAGCUGCUGUAGCUGCUGCCAGUCGUCAACCGACGUCGCCGGCUUUCAUUUGUCACCGUCCUGGUUGCACAUAUGGAAUGUGACUUGAAAGCUCUGCGAAUGUCACCUGCUUUCCGGAGUCUCUUAUUGCCCAUUUGCCAAAGACCCACUUCUUCGGUUCAAUUACAUAACAAGCUUAGUCUCAGUUCCAGGUCACUUUUGCUCUCUGUUAAAUUAAAGCCCUUGUCUUGUGCUGCUCUGGAAGCGUUUGACUUGAAUCCCAUUAGUGAUUUGGCUCUCAGCAAUGUCCCAAACUCUGAGACUCAGCUUCAUGAAGUAAGAGUAAAUAACGGCAGUUCAACUAAUGAGGAAAUGGUAGGAAGCAAUGUGAAAACCAGGCCUAGAGUUUUCAAUAGCAAAAAGAGGCUUAUACGUUAUUCUGGGAUGCUUCGUACCUGUGUUUUGCAAGGGUCUUUGAAUGAGGGGAAGGCUAUUCAUGGGCAGGUAAUAAAAAAUGGGAUUGAUCCAGAUUUGCAUUUGUGGGUUUCAUUGGUUAAUGUCUAUGCAAAAUGUGGGGAUUGUGGGUACGCACGUAAAGUGCUUGAUGAGAUGCCAGAACAGGACGUUGUGUCAUGGACUACUUUAAUUCAAGGAUUUGUAGUUAAUGGUUUUGGUGUUGAUGCUGUUAAAUUAUUCUGUGAGAUGAAGAAAGAUGGUACGAGAGCAAAUGAAUUUGCAUUGGCAACUGGUUUGAAAGCAUGUUCUUUGUGCUUCGAUUUAGGUUUUGGGAAACAGUUGCAUGCUGAAGCAGUGAAACUGGGGUUCUUUUCGGAUGUUUUUGUUGGUUCCGCUCUUGUCGGUCUUUAUGCAAAAUGUGGUGAGAUGGAACUUGCAGAUACAGUGUUAUUUUGUAUGCCCGAGCAGAAUGUUGUAUCGUGGAAUGCAUUGCUUAAUGGGUAUGCUCAAGAAGGUGAUGGAAAGCAAGUUCUGAAAUUAUUCUGCAGAAUGACGGAAUCAGAAAUGAGGUUGAGCAAGUUCACCUUGUCUACUGUUCUCAAAGGUUGUGCAAACUCGGAAAAUUUGAGAGGAGGUCAGUUUUUGCAUUCCCUAGCAAUUAAAAGUGGGUGCAAGAUAGAUGAAUUCCUGGGUUGCAGUCUCGUUGAUAUGUACUCAAAGUGUGGGAUGGCAAUCGAUGCGGUAAAAGUGUUCAGGAGGAUUAAAAAUCCUGAUGUAGUGGCCUGGAGUGCAAUUAUCACUUGCCUUGAUCAACAAGGGCAAUGCCAAGAAGUGGCUGAGCUAUUUCGUGAAAUGAUAAGCACAGGAAUCUCUCCAAAUCAAUUUAGUCUUUCUAGUAUCAUCAGUGCUGCCACUGAUCUCAAAGAUCUGCAUUUUGGUGAAAGCGUCCAUGCUUUUGCAUGGAAAUACGGUUGUGAAUCUGAUAUUUCAGUCAGCAAUGCUCUAAUCACAAUGUAUAUGAAAAUUGGGCGUGUGCUAGAUGGUGCUCAAGUUUUUGAGGCAAUGACAGAUCGUGAUUUGAUUUCAUGGAAUUCCCUUUUAUCUGGAAUGCACAAUCAUGAAAUAUGUGACCUAGGACCAAGAAUCUUCCGCCAAAUGCUUGUCGAAGGUUUCAAGCCCAACAUGUACUCAUUCAUUAGUGUUUUAAGGUCUUGUUCUAGCCUCUUGGAUGUAGGCCUUGGAAAACAAGUACAUGCCCAUAUUGUCAAAACUAGCCUCGAUGACAAUGACUUUGUUGGGACAGCUCUCAUCGACAUGUAUGCCAAAAUUAGGUUCUUGGAAGAUGCUGUGAUAGCUUUCAAUAAAUUGAGUAAUCGGGACCUCUUCAUUUGGACAGUCAUCAUUACGGGUUAUGCACAAACUGAUCAAGCAGAGAAAGCUGUUGCUUGCUUCAGUCAGAUGCAACAAGAAGGAGUGAAGCCAAACGAGUUCGCCCUUGCUGGCUGUUUGAGUGCUUGCUCCCGUAUAGCUAUGCUGGAAAAUGGGCGGCAGCUCCACUCAAUGGCAAUUAAGAGUGGGCAUUUGGGAGAUUUAUUUGUUAGUAGUGCACUUGUUGAUAUGUAUGCAAAAUGUGGAUGCAUAGGUGAUGCUGAGGAUAUCUUUGGGGGCUUAGAUUCAUGUGAUACAGUCUCAUGGAACAUCAUGAUAUGUGGAUAUUCCCAAUAUGGGAGAGGAGAGAAGGCUAUUGAAGCCUUUUCAACAAUGUUGAAUGAAGGCACCAUACCAGAUGAAGUAACCUUCAUUGGCAUCCUUUCUGCAUGCAGCCACCUGGGUUUAGUUGAAGAAGGGAAAAAGCACUUUGACUCACUGAGCAAAGUUUUCAGGAUCACUCCUACAAUUGAGCAUUAUGCUUGUAUGGUUGAUAUUCUUGUUAGGGCUGGAAAAUUUAAUGAGGCUGAAAGCUUCAUUGAGACAAUGAAACUAACAUUGUAUCCCAUUAUUUGGGAGACUGUUCUAGGGGCUUGUAAGAUGUAUGGUAAUGUAGAAUUUGGUGAAACAGCUGCAAAAAAGCUUUUUGAGCUUAAACCUGAGAUGGAUUCAACUUAUAUCUUACUAUCUAAUAUCUUUGCAGUCAAAGGUAGGUGGGAUGAUGUUAGCAAAGUCAGGAAAUUAAUGUCCAGUCAGGGUGUUAAGAAAAAACCUGGUUGUAGCUGGGUGGAAGUUGACGGACAAGUCAACACUUUUGUCUCUCAAGAUGGUUCACAUCCAAGAAUCAGGGAUAUCCAUUUGAAAUUGGAGGAACUAGGCGAAAAGCUGAAUUCAGUAGGUUAUAUACCGGAAACAGAAGAUGUGCUUCAUAACAUCACUGAAAGAGAAAAAAACGAGCAUCUCCAAUAUCAUAGUGAAAGGUUGGCUCUUGCCUUCUCCCUUAUAAGUACCAAUCCUCCAAAAACUAUUCGGAUUUUUAAAAAUCUACGCAUCUGUGGAGACUGCCAUGAGGUUAUGAAGCUCAUUUCAGAUGUCACAAAUCGGGAAAUAGUUGUUCGUGACAUCAAGCGGUUUCAUCAUUUUAAGAGUGGAACUUGCUCCUGUAAUGACUUCUGGUGAUUUGGCAUUAGAAGCUCUAUAGUCAGGGUAGGGGGUUCACCCACAGAGCAUUUUAAACAUUGUCCUCAUAAUGAACUAUGAACCACAAUCUCCUACCCAAAGAAAUGCAGCUGUAAUCUUAUCAGAGUAUGCCCUGUUUUGAAAGGUUAUUCUUUUGUCCUGAAGCCGCUUCUUUUGUACUCCGCGUCUGCGUAUAUCAUAUCAAUCCUCCUGGCCAUGAGAACUUCGCAAUAGUUCUUGCAGUUGGUAGCUGCUUCGAUUGUCCUGAUGAUCCUGUGCUUCCUGUAAAUGACCUGUCUGAUUCCUUGAGGUUCUCAACUUUUUUGCAGAAUGAUUAACACUUACUUUAUUUUAAUUGAUCUUCAAGUCGCGAGAGUUUGGAACUCUUUGGUUGCUGAUCUCAAGACUCAAAUAUUAGAUACAUUUGCUGGUGUUAAUAUGGGGUUGCAACCAAAGGCUUAUGUGCAUGGGGGUGACAGUGGGUGUUCGGUUAGAUACUUUCACCAUUUGCUGUAGUUCCCACCAUUUUUUCCAACUUUGUGUAGAGUAUCUGUCUCAGUUCUUUGAUCAGGGUUUGUACCAUAGAUGAAGUAUAGGGAAAUAAUUCUUGGUUUGGGACUUGUAUUCCCUUAAUGCAGAGCACCCUCUUGGACUGAAUGAUUUUAUCACAAGGUUCCUAUUUCUGUGGCAUGUGCGGUUUGCUAAUAGAGUCUUUCCUUCACCGCCACUUGGAUAAGGAGGUUCGUGGCAGUUCUGAAGUUCCAGAAUGAGAUAAAAGUUGAAGGAUGAAGCGCCCUUUCUUGAGAAUGAAUUGUGUUGUCAUUAAAGUUCAUAGAAUGGAACAUUUAGUAACGUUCUUUAUCACGGUUUUCUUUUGGUCUGGAUUCUUUAUUAUCAGGUUUGACCAGAGGAAUGAGCCAAUGCACAAAGAGAGGACCAGAAUAUUGAAACCUCAUAUGCGCUUCACAUGUGGAAAAGCCUGGGUUGUGUAGACCAAACAGCGAGUCUAAGACAAGCAGUAUAAAACUGCAGCUGCUUGGCGUCUAUGCUCUGUGAACUGUGAAGUUUGAAAGCCACAUGUGGACCUCUCUAGUUGUGCUGCUUUCGUCUGGUACCCUUCAUAUUGGUUGCCACCGAAUUUUUUUUGUAUAUAUUCAUUGACCAAAAGAAAAUUGUAUAUGUUCAUUGGGUUCAGGGCAUUAGUUGGCCGCAGGGUUGUAAAUUUGUAAUCCAGGUUCAUUGAGUAAGGCGUAUGAUAUGGAACCUCCAUUUCUUUGAU